CGCGUUCUCCCCAAGGUCAGUCAGCUCUUUGUGACAUCUCGAGUAUCGACUGCUUCUUCCUCCGCCGAGAAGGGAAGGGGAGCGCCGCCUGGAAUCACCGGAGCCGGACGCCAGCAGCGAUUUCUCCGACGGCCGCCUGCAGGCGGUAACUGAGAAGCUCUGUACAAUCUGCUAUUGCUCCUCUGCUGAUACAAGAUGGUGGGGCUGAGUUGGACAAGGGCUUGUGUCUUGGCCCUCUGCAUCAUGCUGUUCUUGCACCCGGCUGCGGCUAUCCGCUUUGUGAUUGAUAGGGAGGAGUGUUUCUCGCAUAACGUGGAAUAUGAGGGGGAUACUGUUCAUGUAUCCUUUGUGGUGAUCAAGGCUGACACUCCGUGGCAUUAUAGCGAGGAUGGGGUGGAUCUUGUGGUUAAAGAUCCUAAUGGAGCUCAAGUCCGUGACUCUCGUGACAAAAUUAGUGACAAAUUUGAGUUCAUAGUUCAGAAGAGAGGUGUCCAUCGCUUCUGCUUCACCAAUAAAUCCCCAUAUCACGAAACCAUAGACUUUGAUGUGCAUGUUGGACAUUAUUCAUAUUUUGACCAGCAUGCGAAAGAUGAACAUUUUUCACCGUUGUUCGAACAAAUUGCUAAGUUGGAUGAAGCACUUUACAACAUUCAGUUUGAGCAGCACUGGCUGGAGGCCCAAACCGACCGGCAAGCAAUAUUGAACGAGAAUAUGAGCAGGAGGGCCAUCCACAAGGCGCUUUUCGAGUCGGCUGUGCUCAUCGCAGCCAGCGUCAUUCAAGUCUACCUGUUGCGCCGACUCUUCGAGCGCAAGCUGGGGACAUCUAGGGUCUAAUGCUCCGUCAGAAAGCGGUGCCUUGUUGCCCCCUCGAAACUGUAACACUGAACUGUGUGCCAUCACUUGUUUGUGGAUUCUUGUUUUACAUAUGUAUAAUCCUUUGUGACUCCAUAUAUGAGUUCUUCGAAAAUGACACUUCACAGUUCCAUGUAGUACUGACUGAUAUCCAUAUUCGCCAUUUCGCCAGCA